AUGAUUAAAAUAGGCACUAUGAACUGUAGGGGUCUACCCAAAGUUGGACACCCUGAAUCACGCUCCUUUUUCAUACGCCAUUUACGCUCGCAGGGAAUCGAUAUUUUAGCCCUGCAAGAAACCCAUGCCUCAUCAUCUAUGCUUCAAUCUACCUUUGACCAACAAUUUCGGUCCUCUUCAUCAUUAUGGUCUCCACACUGCGGUGUUGUAUGCCUUUCCCCUCACAUUAUCUUCACUGACCCUCUAUUUAGCCCAUGUGGCAGAUGUAUCACAACAACUAUCACACAUGUGGAUAAUAAUUUUUCGCCCUUCAGGAUAGGCGUCAUCUAUGCGCCUGCUUCCCAAACUUCACGUUAUCAUUUUCUUGCCUCUUUACUGUCCACUCCUGACCUCAUCCCUCCCAAUCCUUCAAACUUUAUUCUAUUAGGCGAUUUUAACUAUGCAAUUCACUCACACUAUGCUCUCGGAUGUUGUGCUCCAGCUGACAGGCUACAGUUUAUAGAUACCAAUAUGACUGACUGUAUCACUCCUCAUGGCCAGCACCCGCAGUCUACAUUCCACUGA